AUGUUGACUCCCGAAGCGCGUCGCCAGACCGUCGGGUCAGAAACUCCGUCGCGGUCUCUGCUCUCUGCGGAACUGCAAAGCCGGACGAGAGCGUCAACAUCGGUGCAGCCAACCCCGGAUGCGGCCUGCAACGUUCCACAGUCGCCAACAUCUUCACCAUGGACUGGUCAAAUUGCGAUGCAGCACCAGCCUGGACGACAUCCGUCUCCAGCGCUGCAUCUUCGUACUGACUUGCCGACUACAAUAGACGGCACCCCAACCACCCCGCUCAAUGACCAUGAGACGCAACUCCUGCGCCAUAGCCUAUCUACGGCCAGUCUUCCUCGACGAACCCCCAGCUGGGCGAUACGAAUGAGAACUUUGUCAAGCGCUGGCUCACUCUCGCCAUCGUCUGUCCGCUCGUCCGCCAUCUCAUCUCCUGCCUUGGCCGCUAUGGCAGAUAUCACCCCUCUCCCGUCGCCGAUUGGAUACCUCAGUCCCUCGCCAUGGCGGCUUGGAGGACGCACAAUCUCGUCGCAUUCACUUUCUAGGACUUCGUCUACGAUCUCCCGCAGUGGCUCGGUAAACUUACGCCCUAGCGAUUCACACCAGCUGCUUAGGACGGCAUCCUCGCGCUCACGAUCUAGACGAUAUAGCAGUCACAGGUUGAAUGAUGGCGAUGUACGCGAACCUGGUCCAAGGCAUAACGAAGACACGCGAAGACAUUCGCGUAACCGCAGCUUGAGCGAAUAUAUCCCCUAUAAAGCAGUGAUACCGCACCCGAGGCCAAAUGCCGUGCAGGGUCCUGGUUCUUCAAUGGAAAGCUCGUCUUCGACAUCGGACCUGGCCUCGGACACGAAUAACUUGCACCGUGAACAAUACCUGGCCGUCCAAAGAGGUCUUGCACAUCCCGGCGCUCGACCACCGACACCUCCUAGAUCAACUCAAAGCGGGGAGGAUGAAGUAAGGUUUCGGCCAAUUGUUAAACAUGAGUUAAUGCAUGGGUCUCACGACGAAAUGUACUAUGUUCGGUCAAUUCGCACGAAGCAACCGAGGAAAUACCGCAAGCUACGCCAAUUGGGACAAGGGACGUUUAGCCAAGUCAGCCUUGCCGUGAGAGUGCCGGAUGACGCACCAGGAAAAGACGGCCAUGUUCGUAUGCCCAGUUUGAUGUCGCAGAAGCUAGUGGCUGUCAAAAUCAUUGAGUACGGACCAGCGGGAGGAGCGGAUGAGGACCGUGUAGAGGUCUCCCUCAAGCGCGAAGUGGAGAUUCUGAAGUCCAUCAACCACCCAUCAUUGGUCCAACUGAAGGCCUUUGGAAGCGAUGAGCGACGUGCAUUGUUGGUGUUAGAUUAUUGCCCCGGCGGAGAUUUGUUUGAUUUCGCUACCUCAGCCAAGCAGACUCUGAGUCCGCCGCUCAUCAGACGAAUUUUUGCGGAAUUGGUAGCGGCAGUGCGUUAUUUGCAUGCUAACUAUAUUGUCCACCGAGAUAUCAAACUUGAGAACGUCUUGGUGAACCCGCCGGCAGCGGCCAUGGAGCAAGUGUUGGAUUGGCGCACGUACGAUCGCGCCGUCAUCACGCUGAGUGAUUUAGGUCUUUCUAGAAGAAUUCCAGAGCCACCAGAGAGCCCGUUGCUGCACACUCGAUGCGGCAGCGAAGACUAUGCAGCUCCUGAAAUCCUCAUGGGCCAGCCGUACGAUGGACGCUCAACGGAUGCCUGGGCCCUUGGGGUGCUUUUGUAUGCCAUGAUGGAAAGCCGCCUACCAUUUGACGUCCUUCCAGGCACACGAGGAGACCCAGAAAAGCUCCGUGCCCGUACGCCGCACCGAAUCGCGCGGUGCGAGUGGUCAUGGUAUCGCUAUGCAGAUGAAGACGAGGAAUGGGACCCUGUCAAAGGUCGCGAGCUCGAGGGCGCCCGAAAAUGCGUAGAGGGGCUGUUGAAGCGUCAUUCGAGGCGGAAACCGUUAGACGAAAUUGCGCAACUUCCUUAUGUAAGCGAUGCGCUUGCUUUGGAUGGGGAACUGAAGAGGGGCGACAAAGAGGUUCCGUGA